AUAAACUUAAAAUAAAUAUAAGAAGGAUGAAGAUAACGCUUUUUGAAAUUUUCGCAAUCUCCUUGGUCCUCCUGGUGUCCGAGAGUUUAAGCGACAGUUUAUAUUUGAGCCAUAGGCGAUGCAGCCCUGUUGGUACGUCUGUCGUGACAACCCGACUUGACGGAUCGUCAGACUCUUGCAUUUGUCAUCCCCCUCCACCUUCGACAACAACGAUCCACUCACCACCACCCCAUAAAUGGGUGCGGCGACACAGACCGCCCCAGGCAACGUGGAAGUGCACCACAAUUGCGGCCCUCACCACGAAAGCAGCACCCACCGUGACCACCAAUGGUUUGGAAAAUUCCUUGGUGCUUCUUAAAGAGGCGAAGGUAAAAUUGAGAAGAAUUAGUGUUCAGGGAGCCCCGAUACAAAAAGGACAGCCCAAAAAGGGUGUUGAGAAUGGACCCAUGCUAAUCCGCAGUUCUGGUAUCGUUGAAUUUCUGCAAGACGUAGGGCACGAUAUUCUCGACUAUGGAAACAUCCACUUGGGCGAAAUCUUCAAUGCGGCGUCAGUCGGGGGGAAUGUGAGCAUUCACGACCCCGCCGACGUGGGGGAAGCGACACAUCAUAUAUACAACAACACCAAGCAAAUACUUGAGGAGAACCGUUUCCCCCUCACAUUCGGGGGAGAUCACGCCUUGGCCAUCGGCACGUUGAGCGCCAUGUCCGAAUAUUACCCAGACCUGGCCGGGAUCUAUAUUGACGCACACGCAGACAUUAAUACGGUUGACACUUCCCCCAGCGGAAAUAUGCACGGGAUGCCGCUAUCCUUCGUGAUUAACGAGUUGUACGGUUGUAAUUCCAAUUUGACCGAUUUCUCCUGGGUGGCGGCUAGAAUACCCGCCGCCAACGUGGCCCACAUCGCCUUGCGGGACGUGGACCCUGGGGAAACUGCGAUUAUUGAUAGGUUAGGCAUGGCUUCCUUUACGAUGCGUGACAUUGACCGGUACGGAAUUCGGAGGGUGGUCGAUCUCACGCUGGACAGGAUUAAGGGGAAGACGAGACCACUAUACGUCUCGAUGGAUAUUGACUCGUUGGACGAUAUGGAAAUAGGGAGCACGACCGGAACCCCAGUUCCAGGGGGCCUGACGUUAAGGGAAGCUCUAGCAAUGAUUGAAGACCUGUACCGAUCUGCCAACAUUGUCGGUUUUGAACUGGCCGAAGUUAAUCCAGCCCUUGGAAGUGAGGAGGCAGGGAGGAGAGUUGCAGAAAUUAGCAGGCACAUUUUAGCCUGUGUUUUUGGCUCGUGUUAUGGACGCCGGGUGUAAUUCGGGGCGAAAUGUGUCUAUUACUUUUAGCUAUUUUUGGAACGAAUUAAUUUACAAAUUUAGAAGCAGGGAAUUAAUGUAAUACUAUCUGUGUGUAGGUUUAUGGGAAAUAAAUUUUUUUUAAUAGGUGAGUUUUAUUAAUAAAAAAACGUUCUAAGAAUUGG